GAGAGAGAGGGGAAGAGGAAUGGCGCUUUUGGGUAUGAGCACCGAGGAGUACACUUGGCUUUUCCAGCAAUUCCAGCUACCCAUGGAAGAGCGCAACACCAAAGCCAUCCUCACCAAGCAUCUGGAGGAGGUGCUCAGGCUGCAUGGAGUUCGCAGCAAGCUCAUCUUCCGGAGCAAGGGCCAGAUGCUCGAAGCCCUGGACAACACGAGGAUGAUGAGCAUGAUGCGCUCCACAGUGGGUUCUGUCGAGAUCGCGGGAGCUCCCAUCAAUGCCAAAGCCGAUCUCAAGGCGCUCAAGUGGAGCGACGGGAAGAUCCUUGAAGUGGCGAAGCUCGAGCCUCCUCAGCGAGCUCCAAUCGAUCCCAUGGAACAAAACCCUCCAGAGGCUUGAAAGAAAGAGAGAAGCGCGUGCCGGGGCAUCACAAGAAGAAAAAGGAAGCUCUCUUCUUCAAUCGCUUCCAUCUCCCAGCAUCUUUUCUCGAAAAUGUUCUUGAGCGAGCUCCAAAACCGUGAUGCCGCUGUUCUAUGAGAAAAGCCACGAUAUGCUGAUAUAGAGCUUCUUCA